AUGACAGAGCAUCACUCAAUCUCCACUCCACUACUAUCAGCGCCACACUCGGACCAUCCGUCCCAUUUAGUAAUAAACGUUCAGGACCCGGACCCUGACCUCAUCGAUUCGACGGCCAUUCAGAGCCCAUCUACCCGACUCCAUAUACAGCAAAACGGCGGAAGUAAUAACAAUCCGCUGAACCCGUUUGAGUUUAUUGGGGUCCGUGAGGAUUUCGAAGUGCCCAGUUCCAUUACGAUCGAUCCGUUCCGGAAUCAUACGCUGAACAUCGCGGGGGUUUAUGAGUUCGUGAAGAUUUUGAUUUGUCUGCCUAUUGCCCUGGUCAGGCUUGCGCUUUUUUCGCUUUCCCUUGCGGUGGGAUACAUGGCAACGUAUUUGGCGCUCUGCGGGUGGAAAGAUAAGGAGAACCCAAUGCCCAAAUGGCGCUGCCGGCUCAUGUGGGUCACCCGUAUUUGCGCCCGUUUAAUUCUCUUCUCCUUUGGCUACCAUUGGAUAAAAAGGAGAGGAAAUCCUGCUCCGAGGGAGAUUGCUCCUAUAGUUGUAUCUAAUCAUAUAUCAUAUGUUGAACCUAUUUUCUUUUUCUAUGAAUUAUUUCCCACCAUUGUCGCCUCUGAAUCGCACGAUUCCAUGCCUUUUGUUGGAACCAUCAUCAGAUCAAUGCAGGUAAUAUAUGUUGAUAGAUUCUCAAGAUCUUCGAGGAAGCAUGCUGUCAACGAAAUAAAGAGAAAAGCUUCUUGCAAUCGGUUUCCUCGAUUGCUUUUAUUUCCUGAGGGAACGACAACCAACGGAAGGCUUCUUAUUUCUUUCCAACUCGGUGCAUUUAUCCCUGGUUAUCCUGUCCAGCCAGUCAUUGUUCGUUAUCCCUAUGUACACUUUGAUCAAUCCUGGGGGCAUAUUACUGUACCAAAGCUGAUGUUCAGAAUGUUCACACAGUUUCACAAUUUUAUGGAGGUUGAAUAUCUUCCUCUCGUGUCUCCCCAUGAAAAUAGGAAGGAAAAUGCUAUCCAUUUUGCUCAGAUGACUAGCCAUGUCAUGGCAAGUGCUCUCAAUGUGGUACAAACAUCCCAUUCUUAUGGAGACUUCAUGCUUUUUGCAAAGGCAUCUGAGUUGAAUCAGGAAAACCCCUCUCAAUUUAUGGUUGAAAUGGCCUGGGUGGAAUCAUCAUUUCGUAUAAAAGCUUUGGAGGCCGUCGACUUUUUGGAGACAUUUCUGUCAAUGAAUCCAGAUCCCAGUGGACAUGUUGAAUUUCACGAUUUUCUCAGGGUUCUAAGAUUGAAACAUUGUUCUCUGACAGAAAAGAUAUUUGGAUUCAUUGAUGUGGAGAAGAUGGGUAAAAUAACGUUUAAGCAGUUCCUUCUUGGCUCAGCCCACAUCUUGAAGCAGCCACUCUUCAAACAAGCUUGUGAACUAGCAUUUACUGAAUGUGACAUUGAUUGGAAGAAUUGCAUUUUGAAGCAAGAGUUAAGAGAUGCAGUUACCCUCGCAGUCCCAAACAUGAGUGAAGAUGAGAUCUCUGGGAUUUAUAGUUUAUUCGAUGUGGAUGGCGAUGGAAAGAUCAGCAGAGACGAUUUCUUCUCCUGUUUGAGAAGACAUCCAUUGCUCAUAGCACUUUUCUUUCCCCGGUUGUGGUACAAAGGUUUGUCCAUAGCCGAUCAUAGAUAG